AUGCCUCUCGUCAUCUACAAACGAUCGGGCCGAACGCACGCCGUCCUCCCCGUAACCCCAAGAACAACCAACUCCCUCAUCAUAACCCUCAUCUACCUCCAAUUCCUAUACUGCAUAUCCUUCAUCGCGCGACCCCUCUGGUCUUCAGCACAAGAGUUCCCACCCUUCAAGUAUGGCAUCGAGCGAACAGAAAAGCGAGUCAUAGACCUCAUCCUCACCAUCGUCCCCUUCUCAAACUACCGCUCGCCAAACCCAUCAACCACCCUCCGCCACUCCCAAUCCGCCCAAUCAGCAGCAUACACAUCCGAGUCAAGACUUACUUCCGAUGUCUUCCCAAACAUGCUCCAGCAGCCAGUGACGGCCUACACAACCCCGCCCACCAUGCCGCAGUGCUAUCCCGAAACCGCUCUCGAGCGCACUCACUCGCCCACCCAGCCCCAAGUCCCGGAUCCCAAGUACAGCCCCAGACUAGCAGCGGGAGUUGGAGGCUCAGCUGCUGCUUCCGCCGGCAAAGCCGGCACCAACGCACACACAGUGGUAGAUCGGUACGCGAAGAACAACGUCCCAACAUACGACACAGCCGUCAAGCGCAUGUCAGCCCCCAACCGGCCGCGCGUCUCAGCAAUCACAGACCUAAAAGAGAAGUCCAGUCCGCUGCAAGCACGCUCAACGCCAGCCCUACACCUCGCACGGCAGUCCAUACACGAGCACAAGAUGGGCGCGAGCAUCGAAGAGCAGCGCAGUGAGGACGAGAACGAGCGGUACGCGCCCGUGCCGUCGGUACAGAAUAUCUCGGAGAUGCUACACCAUGGUUAUCAGAGCUAUGGUGCGCCUGCGCCUGCGCCCGCGACUUUGAAGGCGCAUAUGCCGCAUAUAGGGCUUUAUAGUGGGCAAAAGUCGCCUGUUGCUUCGCUGAGGUCGUUGGUGUCGCUUGAUGGGCCGGCGGAUCUUUCGUCGGCGAGGUCGAGUACGGAGGCGAGCGGGGGGACUGGGGAGGGGUCUAAGAAGGGGGUUAGAAUGGGGCAUGGGACGAAGUGUCAUUCUACGGAGAGUUAUCCUGGGAAUUUUCCUGUGAGCGAGGGGACAGAGUAUAGUGCGCUUGCGACGGCGGAUUUGAUGUUUCGGGAGAGAGGGACUACAACUGUGAGGCCUUUUUCUGAUUACUAG